AUGAAUCUUUCAGAACUUGGUGAGGAUGCGAGUCUACAAACAGUAGAGGAAAAAGCACAAGUACAGAAUAAUAGUAGUGAAGGUGGAGAGCUUUUUCAUCUUAAUUCUUUACCACCAGGAUAUAGAUUUAAUCCCGCGGAUGCAGAGAUAAUAGUUUUCUACUUGAGGAAGAAGGUUGAUCAUCAACCAUUGCCACCAAAGAAGAUAAUAGAGGUCAAUGUCUAUGCUUAUAAUCCCGAGGAACUUGCAGUCGUUUUGAACUAUGGUUUUAGCAGGGUUUUAGAAUGGUUCUACUUCACUCCAAGGGACAGAAAAUAUCGGAAUGGGCAACGUCCCGAUAGGUCAGUUGGAGAUGGAUAUUGGAAGGCCACCGAAGCUAAUAAAGAGAUCAAAUUUGAGGAGCGAAAUGUGGGGUACCGGAAAGCGCUCCUUACAGAGUCAAAACGAAAUGGAUCAUGCAUGAAUUCAGAGUUUCUGAACCUCCAGAGCCUCCAAGAAGAACUGUUGGAUGAUUGUGUUGUAUGCAGAGUCUAUAGGAAAGACGAAAGGAUCUCUGAAAGAUCACGUUAUGAGUCUCGGCUUGAUGAAUCAAGCUCAUCAAGCUCUAAGAUUCCAAGACUUGAGCUUGACCCUAAUCCUAAUGAGGCCGAUAAUCCAUAUGAGGAGUAG